UCAACACCAUCAUUCACACAGCCGCUUUUUUCUCAACAUGACCGACCACACCCCACAACGUCCCGGCCAUUUCGCCCUCGUAGUCUUCCCUCAAUACGAGCCCCUCGACGCCUUCGGCCCAACCGAGAUCCUCCACGGACUCGGCCACCCGAUGGUAAACCCCGACAGCGCCAAAGUCCACCUCAGCAUCAUCGGACCAUCACUCGAGCCCGUCUCCUCGGGUCCCGCAGAAGGCGAUCCAUCUCCACACAAGUCGCGAGUUGCCCAAUCUAUCGUGCCCACGCACACGUUCGACAACCCGCCAAAAGACAUCGACGUCUUGAUCGUACCUGGAGGAUUUGGAGCGGGACCGAAAGCUCUCUGGGGUGGAGGAUGGGAGCCAGCGGGUGUGGAGAGAGUCGUGCAGUUUUUGAGGGAUCAGUACCCGGGUCUGAAGCAUCUUUUGACCGUCUGCAAUGGUGCCGGUCUGGCGGCUCGAGCAGGCAUUCUUGAUGGGCACAAGGCGACCACGAACAAACAGCUGUGGCAGGUGAUUACUACUACAGGUCCCAAGACACACUGGGUCGCGAAUGCCAGAUGGGUCGUUGCCGACAAUGGCAAACUGUGGACAAGCUCAGGUGUGUCUUCAGGGACAGACGCCAUGUUGGCUCUCGUCGACUACACUUGGGGCAAGAAUGCUCAGGGUGUUCUAUUCGGGGAUGUACUCAAGGAAGGCAUGGAGUGGAAUCGGGUCUACGACAGCACCGCGGAUCCAUUUGCCGUCAGCAACAAGUGUACGGAUGUUGAGCCUCAGGCGGCGUAAGAUCCAAGACUUGCAUAGCAGAUAUAUCGACAGUACGCAGCACAUUUCUCGGACCUCCUAGGAUCAGCGGUACAAAGGCAUGACUGUAACGUCAAAGGGGUUACGAGAUUCAAGCAGCGCUUCGAAGGGCUGAAUGACAGAGAUCUCCAUG